AUGGGUUCAGCAACAGCUUCAACCUUGCCUCCGGACUUUCUCUGGGGUUUCGCGACUGCCAGCUACCAGAUUGAAGGCGCAGUAACCGAAGAUGGCCGUGGUCCUUCUAUCUGGGACACUUUCUGCAAAAUCCCUGGCAAGAUAGCCGGGGGAGCCAACGGAGACGUAGCAUGCGACUCGUACCACCGUACAGCUGAAGACAUCGCACUGUUAAAGGAAUGCGGUGCUCAGGCUUACCGCUUCUCAAUCUCAUGGUCGCGCAUCAUUCCCCUCGGAGGCCGCAACGACCCCAUCAACGAUAAGGGUGUCCAACAUUAUGUCAAGUUCGUCGACGAUCUUCUAGCAGCGGGGAUCACACCCCUUGUGACACUGUUCCACUGGGAUCUCCCCGAUGCAUUAGACAAGCGCUACGGUGGGCUCCUCAACAAGGAGGAGUUCGUUGCAGAUUUCGCCAACUACGCGCGAGUCAUGUUCCGGGCCCUGGGCUCAAAAGUCAAGCAUUGGAUCACCUUCAAUGAGCCGUGGUGUUCCAGUGUCCUUGGGUAUAACGUCGGUCAGUUUGCUCCCGGUCGGACGAGUGAUCGGAGCAAGAGCGCAGAGGGAGAUAGCUCGAGGGAGUGCUGGAUCGUGGGGCACAAUAUCCUCGUGGCUCAUGGAGCUGCGGUGAAGAUCUACCGAGAGGAGUUCAAGAGUAGAGAUGGUGGGGAGAUCGGGAUCACACUUAACGGAGACUGGGCUGAGCCCUGGGAUCCCGAGAAUCCGGCCGACAUCGAAGCCUGCGACCGCAAGAUCGAAUUCGCCAUUUCCUGGUUUGCAGACCCCAUCUAUCAUGGAAGGUAUCCAGACAGCAUGAUAAAGCAGCUUGGCGACCGACUCCCCAGCUGGACCGCAGAAGACAUCGCUCUCGUCCACGGCAGCAAUGACUUCUAUGGCAUGAACCACUACUGCGCCAACUACAUCAAAGCCAAAACCGGCGAAGCGGAUCCCAACGAUACUGCCGGAAAUCUGGAGAUCCUGCUCAAGAACAAGAAGGGCGAGUUCAUCGGCCCAGAGACACAGUCUGCAUGGCUGAGACCGUAUGCACUUGGGUUCCGGAAGCUGUUGAAAUGGCUAAGCGAUAGAUACGGUCAGCCUAAGAUCUACGUUACUGAGAAUGGGACGAGCUUGAAGGGUGAGAAUGACUUGCCGGUGGAGGAGCUGCUGAAGGAUGAAUUCCGGACGCAGUACUUCCGUGAUUAUAUUGCUGCUAUGGCUGAUGCGUACACGCUGGAUGGGGUGAAUGUGAGGGCUUAUAUGGCUUGGAGUUUGAUGGAUAACUUCGAAUGGGCUGAAGGUUACGAAACCCGGUUUGGGUCGACCUACGUCGACUACGAACAUGGCCAGAAGAGGAUCCCGAAGGACAGUGCGAAACAGAUCGGCCAGAUUUUCAGCCAGUAUAUCGAGAAGAAAUAA